UGAAUAUUAUCUGUUGACAGUUGUGUGUCAAGGUAGCUGAAAGAUUUCCUUUCUGCGAACUUGUUCUUAAAGUCGAAACUUGCUGUGCGUUUAAGUUGAAUUGGGACAUAUGUCCUGAAUCUUUGAAGUCUUCAUUGGAGCCGAGUCAUGGAUGAAGAUGAACGGCGGAGGAAAAUAGAUGUUGGGAGAGCUAAGAAAUCUUCCAACAUACCUGGAAGCCAGUCGCUUGCUAGUUACAGACAGAAGCGGGCGAAAGGCGACGGGGAGAGGGCGCCGAAAAAGACGCAGAAGAGGAAGGGCACGAAUGUCUCGCAGAAUGACAGCUCGCCGCAAGACUGCCACGUAGAAGCAGCUCCUCCCUCAGAGCUUGACCUCAAGACCACCCUCGAGGGAGCUCAAAAACCAGAGGAAUGUGAGGGUCAUCAGAAUGAAGAACAGAAGGAUCAGCGCCUCACCCCAGAGCGAACUCCUUCCCCUGUAGAAAACUUGAGAGAUGAGGAGCUGGCUGCACUCACUGACAGAGAGCAGCUCAAGCAAUUACAGCAGGCUGUGGAGAAGCGCAAUGAAAUAAUUGCCAAACUCAGCUCCAACUUGCAAGAGGCACUGGCUAGUAGAGACCAGGUACAGCUGGAGGCGCAGUCACUUGCUGGACAGAUUCAGGCUCUGCAGAGGCAACUCCACCAAACCAGUGAAGGAUUUCAGCGGCUCAAAAGCCAAACGGGAGCAGAAGUUCAGCCACAGCUUGGACUUUCUUCCCAGGAUGCAAGCACAAAUCACAAGGAUUCACUGCCAGAGGGCGCAGGAAGUGCAAGCCCUGUCUCUCAGUCAGGUGCUGGAAGUGUCGUCACUGAGGCAGAUUCUGUCCUGCACACACUGAGAGCCGAGCUAGAAGAGGAAAGGAAGAACAGCCAACGCAUAUUUGCCCAACUAGCUGAAGAGAUGGAGAAAAACCAACAUGUGCUUUCUUUGCUAGAGAAGGAGAAGCAAGGGAGGGAAGAAGAGCGAAAAGAAAGAGAAGAAGAGCUACAAAGCCUCCAGACUGAGCUAAGCCAAAUCCAGAAUCAGUGCCUUGCAAUGCAGCAGUGCAAAGAGGAAAAGGAGAAACUUAACAAGGAGGUGUUGGAGCUAAGGAGGAGACUUCAGGAGGAGCAAGACUCCAUUAGCAAGUUCAGUGAGGAGGCUCUUAGUGCUGCCAGCCGUGCUAUGAGUCAUGAGGAAGAGGUGAUGAGGCUCAAAGAAGAGCAUAGAGCGGAGGUUCAGCGAGUCAGGCAGCUGUUGGAUGAGAGGGAAAUGGAACUUAAGUUCCGAGAAGAAGAGGUUAUCAGUCUUAAGGCGUCCAAGAACAAGCAGAACCAAGCGACAGCUGGCUUCGGCUUCGAUGGGACGAUCGGCGUGGAAGAAGCUAAUCGGCAAAGCGAACCCGAUCAAGAUGACAUAGAGGCAUCAAUACCCGGUGAUGUCCUGAUGGAGCGUUACUUCUCGUCAGUUCCCAUCGCACAGUCACAGUCGUCAGUGGGAAACGCCAGCUUUGAACACGGCAGUCAGCUGGACGUCUCAGCAGAACACAGUUUUGAGCUGAACAGUGACGUGUUCGGAGACCAGCCCCUGUUGUCAAUUUCAAAUCGUGUCCAUGAAGAAGAAAACGACAGCAUCUUGGAUCCACAUUACUUUGUCCCUGCUGCUGAUGAGUCCAUUAGCGAGUCCCCGUCCCCGUAUCCUCACAACUUCACCCCCGGUGAAAUGGAGAUCAGUAACAACUCAGAGCAGCGGCGUGAGGGGGCCGAAUUGGAAAAAGAACUGUUGAUUCAGCAGUGUGAAGAGCUGCGAGAUGAGCUGGCUCUGAAAGAGCGGGACCUGAAUGUGCUGAAGGAGGAAGUCAUUAAAAGUGCUGAAGAGCUGGAGGAGGCAAGGAACAGGUGGUCUCAAGUGACAGAGGAGCUCAGGCAAGCUCUGUGGGAGCUCGAAGAGGAAAAAGCAAAGAGGAGUUUGGAGGAGACGAGCGUGAAAGCCGCAGAACAAGACAACCUUAAGAACAAACCUGGUGCCUUAUUGGAGGGAAAAGAACAGGAGAAUAUACUUAUGCUGACAGGAGAAGUCGAUGAAACUUCCCUGCUUGUGCCUGCCACGUUUUCAUCGGAGGAAGAAGAGAAACUGUUGAAUGAGCAGGAGAAAGAGACUCUCUCUUCUCAACAAGAGCAGCAGGAGCUGCUGGAAUAUUCUCCGCAGGAGAUAAAGCAGGCUGCGGUUUCUGCCAAAGAGAGCCCAAAAUUAUUCAGAGAUGACAACCAGUUGCAAACACUACAGGUCCACUGUGAGCAUCUUCUGUCAGAGCUUGAGAAAACAAAAGCGGAACAUAAAACUACAUCGAAUCUGUUGAAUAAAAAGACAGCUGAGCAGGACACGGUAUUGAAGGAGCUCGAUGCUACACGUGGGCAGAUUCAAAAUGUCCAAACAGAAGUUGAGCGGCUGGAGGAAGAACUGCGACACAGCCGUGAGAGGCUAGAGAGUGCUGAAAAGGAGAAAAUUGAGCUGGAAUCUCAGAUUUCCUGUCUGAGACAAAACCUGGCCAGUCUGGAGGAGGACCACGCUCGGUCUCUGCAAGAGAGGGAGGAGCACAGGAAAAAGGAAGAAGAGAUGGACAGGCAGAUAAAGCAGAUAGAGCAAGUCCUGGAAGAGGAGCUUGAACAAUUUGAGAAUAUUUUGAAAGAAAAAGAUGUUGAGCUGGCCGAACAGAAGGAGAAAUGGGAGUAUGAGCGGCAGGAGAAGGAGAAAGAGCUCGUCGACGUGAGACGUCUUUUAGAAGCUCAAAUGAAGGAGAGGGAAAACGAGAAGGCGGCUCUGAUGGAGAAACAGGCCCUGACUGUACAGGAGGAGACGGAAAGGCUGAAGACGGCUCACCUACAGGAGAUAAAAGACAUGACAGAGAAACAUCAGCAAGAGGUUUCAGAGUUGAAAGCUCAUCUGGGGGAAGAACUUCUGAAGCAGCAGGCCAUUAUGGAGGAAGAACAAAAGCAACAGCUCUGCCUAAUCAAACAGGUAACUGAACGAGAGCAUGAGAGGAUGGUGUCAGAGCUGAAUGACAAACACAACGAGGAGCUCAGUCAGCUGAGGACCGAGGUGACACUAGAGCUGAGGGAAAGCUUGGAGGCGGCUCACCAGGCUGAACUGCAGCAAGCUCAGGCUCAAAAGAACUUGGAGCUUGAAGCUCUGCGCCUGAGUAUGACCGCAAUCCAAGAAGCACAGCAGCUGGAGCUGUCUGAUGUGACGAAGCUCCAGACCUCCGUGAAUGAAACAUGGACCCAGGAGAUGGAACAACUUCAGGCCAACCAUAAAUCAGAGCUUGAACAGAUCAAACAGCAGAACCAGGAGCAGCAUGACAGGCUGAUUGAAAAGCAUCGUCAAGAAAUAGAUGAGUUGAAGCAGCAGUUGGAGACUCGGGUUGCGCAGGAGAGAGCCUCGUUGGGUGAAAUUCAGGCCAAAGAGGUAGAGACUCUCAGUACACAAUGGCAAAGUAAAGCUGAGAAGACACAAACAGUACUCACAAGCACACAGGCCUCUCUCACUGAGACAAGCGGUGCUUUAACUGAAGCACAGUCAGAGCUGCAGAAAACUCAGGCCAGACUGGAGGACCUGCAAGAGGAGCUGAAACGAGCCUGGGCGGACAAAGUUGCUGCUACAUGUUCUUUAGAGGACUUGGUUUGUAAUCAUAACACUGUGCUGAAGGAGAAGGACGAGCAAGUCCAACAACUACAGGAGAAAGAACAUCAAUUGGAGCAAGAGGUUUUGCGCCUCCAGGAGGAGAUUUCGUCACAAAAGCAGAGCUCAGAAUUAGAAAUAGGUCAGCUGUGGACCCAGCUGGAGAGCAUGAGAGCAAGUCGACAAGAGUUGGGAGAGCUUAAAGAGCAGCUUAUUGCCCGCUCGUCUCGUGUUGAUGACAUAGAACGCCUGAAAUCUGAGUUUAACGAACAAAAGCGAGAAAUUAAAGAGCAGAACGAGGCUGAACUGGAAAGCCUGAGGAGGUAUUUCGAGAAGCGGUUGUGUGUAGCCGAGGAGAGCUACAGAGAGGAAAUUGCUCUGCUGCAGCUGAGGCUGGUUGAAGGUGCCUUGGAGGAAUCGCUGGUAAAAACCACAGAUGAAAGUACAAUGUCUCAAAUUCACGAUAUGGAGGAAAAAUUGGAUCAUUCAGCUGUUGAGCAUGAAAUACCAGAGGAAAUGUUUGACACUUUGAGGCUUCAGCUGGAGGAGAGACAUGCCAACGACAUUUCCAGUCUGCAGUCGUCUUUGACGCUUUCCUUUAAGGAGGAACUCCGACAGGCGCGCUCAGACCUCACCGACCGUUACUAUGAGGAGCUGCAGGAGAUGAAGACGCGUCACGCCCUGGACCUAGAGCAGCUCAGAGCCAAACUUUCUGAUGGGCAUUUAAGAGAUCUCACCAGAGUCCGUUUAGAGACAGCACAGCACGUAGAGGCUGAGGUUGAACAAAGGAUAUGGUGUCAUGUGGAACAGAUGCAGACAGCGGUAACUACCAUCCACACUCUGGAGAGCAGACUGGCUGCCUUAACUAAACAGCAUGAUGCCGAAAUACAGAACACGAAGAAGCUGAAACAGGACUUUGCUGAGGAGGUUAUCCAUCUUGAGGAAGCUCUGAAACAAGAGAAGGAGACAAUGCAGCAAGACAUGAAGAGACUGAGGGAGAGGCAUGAGACCGAGAUGUCUGCCUUGCAGUCAGACCUCCACCAGGAGAUGGAGAAAGAGAAGGCACUUCUUGAAAAAGCUCUUUCUCAGGAAAGAGAAAAGCUAAACUCUCUGCAGGCGACGCUGGACAAUGGCAACAAAAUGAAGGAGCUCACUGCUGUGCUCCAGCAGCAAGGAGAGGAGCGGCUACAUGAAGCACAAGAGAGGUUCCAAGAGGAGAAAAAAGCACUGGAGCAGCAUUUGGUCAAAAGAUUUGAACUGUCUGUAAUAGAGCAAGAAAAUAAGCACAAAGCAGAGAUGGAACAUGAGAGAGAGGCACUGCUGCUCAAACACUCCCAAGAAAUGAACACACUCGAUGCCAAACACAAAGCACAGCUAGACACACUCGGUGCCAGUCACAGAGAUCAGCUUGCAGCUAUGACUGUUGCGCUUGAAUCCAAGCACAACGCCGACCUUGUUGCCUUGGAAGCAGCCCUCAACGCCAAACGAAAGCAAGACCUUGAAAGUCUGGAGGCCGUUUUCCAGGAGACCAAUCGGACUCGGUUGGAGGCUUUAGAAGCAGAACUGACGCACAAACACCAGAAAGAGAGGGAUGAACUUGAAAAGAGGAUGCUGGGAAAUAUGGACACGUUGGAGGCCACAUACCUGAAAGAAGUGCAAACGCUACGCGAUGAGCUGGCUCAGCUUGAAGAGAGGCAUCGUCAGGACCUGACUCACUGUAAUUCCGAGCACAAACAAGUAACAGAGCGUCUCCGAGAGGACCUGAGAAAAGAGCUGGCUCAGAUACACAUGGAGAAGUUCAAAGCCAUGGCUGCAGAGCUCAAGCAUGUCCACACGACUGAGCUCGCUGCUCUUCGAGAGGCCUUAGAUAAUGAACACUGCAAGGCCUUGGAAACACUGAAACAACAGGUGUUAACCUUGGAGCAGGACCACAGCACUGCUCUGCAGGAGCUCUCGCUCACCUCCACAGCUGAAAAGGAGAAACUCAUUAAACAGCAUCAGCUCCAGCUGCAGGAACUGAAGGGCAUAUCUGCCCGGGAGUUGGAAGCUUGUCGCAGGGAGCUCGAGGAGGAGUCGUCAAGGCAAAGGCAGCACUUUGUCGAAGAGGUGGAGCUCCUCAAAGUCCAAUCAGAGGAGCGUCUGCAGGACAGAAUUAAUCAGCUUAAGACCGAGUCUGAAGAGCAGAAGGAGGCGGAGCUUGAACGCCUGAGGCGGAGCUUCAGGCUGGAACAGGAGGAAAAGGAGCAGAGCUACACCGUCAAAAUGAGCCAGCUCACUGCCCAGCUGCAGCAACUGGAUGCUGUGGUGGCCCAGCUGCGAUCUGAAGUCGGGUGUCUGCAGGGAGAGUUGGAAGGUAAACGGGCAGAAAUGGAAACCCUGGACACCCUCCUUCAACGAAGGGAGCGGGAGAGCCAGGAGGGCGGAAACCUUCUCAAGAUGCUCACCGACGACUUGCAGACUGCCAAAGAGGAUGUACACAGACUACACCUCGCAAAUGACAAACUGAAAAAGGUGCUAAUCGAGAUGCUGCACAGCAUCAUAGCCACAGAAGAACUGAUUGGACAAAAAAUAAGUGCCAGAGCCAAAACCUCGGACGAGAAACUGAUCCAACAGAGAGCCUCUGCUGGAAACAAAGAUGCCAAAGAAUCAGGUGUUUCAGCUGCAGAUUUGUCUUCAGAGGACUUGGAGCUGACCCACCUGCUCUGUGAGAGUCUGCUGGUUUCAGAUGCUCAGAUCAACCCCGCAGGAGAAGAGGCUUCUCUGAACGCUUGCAGCAGAUUGCGGCACACAGUAGACACACUGCUGGAUCUUCUAAACCAAGCCAACACACAGCUGGAACAGACCCACCAUGUCCAUCUCUCUCUGGAGGAGAAGUUCUCUCAAGGCAAGGAAGACUCCGCCCAGCUGCUGGAGCAGCACAAGCUCCUAUUGGUGCAACUCGAUCAGGAGGCCAAGCAGAAGAGUCAGCUCCAGCUGGAGCUGCACAAAGCGCAGGGCCUGCUCGAAGGAUACGUGGCUGAAAAGGCAGUCCUGGAGGAGUCUGUGCAGCAGAGGGAAAUUCAAGAAGAGAGGCUGGUGGAGGAACUGGAGCAGCUGAAGGUGAAGCUGCACCAGAUGCAGGGCCUCACCUCGGAGCUGGAGAGCCUCAGAGUGAAGCAUCAAGAGCUCAGCGAGGAGCAUGAAACCCUCCUGCGUCAGAAGGAACACCUCUCUGCUGGACUCGGGGAAAGAGAGCAAGCUUUGCUGGCAGAGACGGAGCGCUUGACCCGAGACAGACUGGAUUUGCAGCGGCAGGCAGAGAAAAACCACAAGACUCUGUCGUUGCGCCUCAGACACCUGGAGAGAGAACUAGAGGAGCAGGAAACGAAAGGCCUCAAGACAGAGCUGGACCACAAGACGACCACUGAGGACCUCAGCCAGCAAGUCCACGCUCUGGAGAAGCAGCUGAAGCAUGACCGGCAGUUCAUAGAAGAGCAGGCAGUGGAGCGCGAACAUGAGCGAGACGAGUUCCAGCAGGAGAUCCGCCGGCUGGAGGCUCUGCUCAAACAGACAAACAUUGUAGAUAACAAAGGACACAGGUUUGAGGCCUUGGUUCUGCAGGUGGAGAGUCUUCAAGCUGUUGUCAAAGACAAAACCGACGAGCACGCCUCUCUGCUUGCGGCCAACCAGCAAGCCCAGCGCGAUCUCGCAGAGCGCGAUGAGGAGAUAGACAAGUUAGCUGGGCGUAUCAGGGAGCUGGAGGAAGCCUUGCUCAACAGUGCGGAGAGCAAUAGAUCCGUCACUCAACUCGAACAAGAGCUGCACAGAGCAAAGUUGAGAGAACAGGAGCUAUUACAAGAUAAGCAGGCGCUGGAGCAGCAGCAGCUCUCGAAUAGGCUUCAGAUCUCAGCCCUGCAGUCCAAAGUGGAUGAGACGAGGCACUGUUACCACGACAACGUCCACGACCCCACCCAGGAGCUCAGGGAUGCUGUGGAUGCUGCUCAGCAAAGUCUUCAGAUCAAAGAACAAGAGGUUGACGUCUUGGUUGGCCAGCUGGAAAGCGUCCAGAGAGACUUAAGUAUCAAAGAGGUGGAGCUCAAACACCUCACACUGCAGCUGGAGCUUCUAACGAAUAAAAACACAGAGCAGGUGAAUGAGCUUCAAGAGCAGAUCGCAGCUCUGAAGGAGAAUGUGUCUGCACUCACUAUAUUUAAAGAGGAGAAAGAAGGACAGAGGGAGAUGGAGGAAACCGAGGAGGAGACCCUCCCGUCAGCUCUUCUUCAGGAGAAAAACCAGGAAAUUGACCACCUAAACUGUGAAAUCCAAAGGCUAGAACAAGAGCUGGAGAAUGCCAGGAACAGCAGUGUGGGCGUGAAGGCUUUGGAAGCCGAGAUCGAGGAUCUUCGCUCUCGCGUGGAGCACCUCCAGUCUGAAGUUACGCGAGUGCGCCAGGACAAACAGGAGGAGGAGGAACGCCUCCACGAGGUCAUCAGCACGCUGCAGGCAGAACUGGCCACACUGGGCCCCAACCUGUGCGAAGUUAGUGACUCCCAGGACGGCGACAGCAUCAAUCCUUCGCCCUCCCCCAGCCCCGAGCCCCAGCACUGUGCCGAGCAGGAGAGGAGGGCCGGGCCCAACAGCCUGAAGCACGAGCUCAGUCUGACUCACGCCCCAUCCUCCUUCGCCUCCUCCCCUUCUCUUCGGUCUCAUCUCAAAGCCCUCCAGAGUCAGCUGGAGACCGCCGUGGCUGAGAAAGCGGGGCUGGAGCGAUUACUUCUCACCCAGGAGGAAGAGUACAGAGGACACGGAGAAGAGUUUGAAAAGAGAGUCACAGCCAUGAGGGAAAAGACCGAGGAACUCCAAGGUCUGCUCAUCCUGAAGGAGGCUGAGCUGGAGGGCGUCAGAUCCCAGUUAGAAGAUGAGAUGAGGAUAAGGGAACAGUUGGAGGAAGAGGUAGCCAGUUUAACGCUCAAAGCUAAGGAGGGCAGCACUACGACUGAGCAGAAAAAUCAGCUGAACUGUCUGGUUUUGGAACUGCAGGACAAGGAACAGGACAGAGUGAAGGAGAUUGAGACCCUGAAAAUAAAAGAGCAAGAGACGAAAAUGGAAAUCGAGGCCCUUCGAGAAACCAGUCUCACUCUGGAGAGACAGGUCCAGGAGGUGCGUGCGGAGGUGGUGGACAUGGAGGAGCUCGUUGCUGUGGAAAGGACCAAGAUUAAAACGCUGGAGACGGUGAAGGGGGAGCUUUCUGCUGAACGCGAGGCGCUCAGGAGGAGGGAAGGUCAGCUCCGGGAGGAAAUUGAAAAGCUAAGACAAGAAUCAGCUUCAAUGAAAGGCCUGAUUCAGGACCUGACAGUGAAGCUGAAUGAAAAGGAAACCAGUCAAGAAGAGGCUCAAAAGGAAGUGCUGACGCAUGCAGAGGUAACCCUCGCUAAAGCUGAUGCUGCCUUGAGGGAAAAAGAGGCAGAAAUCACCAGACUGAGGGCAGAACAGGAGAGUCUGAGGUCUGAGCUGACUGCAGCGACUCAGGGGCUGAGCACCAGUGCAGAAAGAGCCGAAAAACUGCAGGAAGAAGGACAGACCAAAGACCAAGCGCUUGUCAACUUGGAAACUGACAACCAGCGGCUGAAGGCGGAGCUUGGAAGGCUUCAGGAGGACCUGGCCGUGCAGGAGGAGGAACUAGCUUAUCAGCAAAGAGAACUACAGCACCUCCGACAACAGUGGCAUCAACAGGAAACACUCUCUCACCAUCAGGAAUACCCACAGAGGGAUAUUCCUCAAAGAACUUUUGAGGAUGUUGUGACUGUUUCCCGUGAUGAAGUUUCUCUCAGCUCUCCGGAGAUUCUGAGAAAGUUCGACGCGUCCGAGGACAGACUCCCAGAGCGGUUCCACACCUCAGUGCUCGGUUCUCGUCUGUCUGAGCUCAGCGCCCUGAAUAGCACCGGCCUGGACCUUCACCAGGUCAAGACCUCUCCCAGGGUUGUAAUGGAUCCUCCACACUCCAGGACCAUCACUCCAGAUCCAGCCACACAGAGUACACACUCUCCAGCCUCUGUGUCCAUGUCUGACAACUUCUCUGUGAUCGAUUCAGUGGACACUGACAAAAUGCGAGAGUUGGAAGGCCUUGACCUCACAGCACCCCCAUCGCCACUUGGCUCCACUUCUUCCUUGUCAGCAGCCGAGUGGGCGAGUGACGGAUAUGGCAGCAAUGUCAGUUCAGAGUUGGGUGCGAGACUGAGAGUGGAGCUGGAGCAGACUGAAAGGCUGGACGCUCAGUUCAUCGAGUACCUUCGCUGCAGAGGGAUGAAUCCCACGGCAAACACCGACAGUGCCGCAGGCAGCAUGAGCUACAGCGACGAUCUUUUGUCACCAGAGCUUCAGGAUCUGCUAAAGAAAGUAUAUCAAGAGAGCUGCAGAAUCCUCACGCUGUCCCAGCGUCGUGCGCUCCCCUCAACGCAACAGCGCGUUGCAGACUUGAAAGCCUUCGCACUGAGUCAGUCGCAGCAUCACUCUGAAGACGGCUCCGUUCCACUGGACCACCAGGAUAAAUCUUUAUCCACUCCCCCCAUGAGCUGGCAGCAGGAGAAGCGAGCUCUGCAGGAGACCGUGAUCGCUCUCAGAGAGCUGCUCUGCCGAAUGGCACAAAGGCACACUCAACCGAACUACAGAGGCGACAAUAACUGGGGCAGAGACCAGUCACAGAUCGAUGGACAAGUCGAUUCCCAACUGCGGACCGAGCUGCAGGAGAGCCAGAAACAGCUCAAAUGUGCUCACGACAUUCAGCAGGAGCAGAAGAAUAAGAUAAUGUCACUCAGGAUGACUGUUGACAAGUGUGAAGAAGCUUUGAGGAGAGAACAAGCCAGAGUCCAGGAGCUGCAGCGAGAACUGGAGCAGGAGCAAGCUUUGAGUCUCCGUAAAGAUAAAGAAGAUGAGGAGCGACGAGAAGCUGUACACAUGUCCUCUGAGAAGCAGAAGUCAGAGGUCAUGUGUCUAAAGGGUCAACUGGAGCAGGACAAAGUGGCCUACAGCAACCUGAAACAAGAGCUGCAGAUUGAACAGUCUCGAAGCGUGUUGCUGGAGAAACGGCUCGAUGACACCCAUAAGGAGCUGGAGGGUGAACGCCAUCGCUACGCCCACCUGCAGGAACUCAGCCUGCAAGACAAGACCCAUCUGGAACGCCUUCUGAACGAAGCGGAAUCCCGUUUGGCCGACGUCCACGCGAAGCUCGCAGAUGCUCACAGGAAGCUGGACGCGGAGAGGACCCGCUUCUCCGGCCAGGUGGACGAGCUCAGCCGCUUGCACGAAGCCGACGCCGCCCGAGACGCAAAGUUCAUUUCGGACCUGCGCUCCCAGCUGGAGCAGGAGCGAAGGCAGGGGGAGGAGCUGGCCGCCGCGGCGGACCGGCUGAGGGCUGAGCUCAUGCAGAGCAGGAGGAAAUGGGAGGAAGAGGAGCGCACGAGGAGGUCCGAGCUCCAGAGGUUGCAGGAGGCCACCGCCAGACACCGCGUCGCCGUGGAGACCCUGAAGGAGCAGAAACGGGAAGCAAACCAGGCGCUGGAGGCGGCGCAAGAGCUGUCUCGGCGCCAAGGGGCGGAGCUCGCAGAGCUGAAGGAGAGACUCCGAUUACUGAAGGACAAGGAGAGGGAGAGGGAAGAAGAGUGGGAGAGAGAGAAGAGAAAGGGGAGGCAGGAGCAGAUGGAAAGGGAACGACGACAGGAAAGAACCAAUAACAAACUGCACGAGUUGGAGUUACUGAGGCAGCAGGACCAGCAGCGCAUGCAGGAGCUGCAGCAAACUCUUGCAGAGCUCGAGCGAGAUGAGAAGGAGAUGGCCGCACAGAGGCUGUCGGGAUCGAGGACCAGGCCGCCGCACACAGCCGCGUCCUCCCAGCAUCUCAACAGUGACACCCAUCCUGACCGCACCCUGUCCAACAGCCCUCAGCAGCAGCAGCAGCAGAAUCCGUCCACUUCGCCGUCCCACCUGUUGCAGACGCUGCUGAAGGACAAUUCGGAGUUGACGGAGCGUUUGACGUCACUGAGUCAGGAGAGAGCCGCGUUCAAACACAAACUCAGCUCCCUGGAGCGACAACUGCGGCGCACUGAGAACGAACUGGCCAAGGUCACCUCGGAAACGGAAAAUAGACCCACCGCUGAUGUGGCAAGCAACAGCAAGCUGCAGCGAUUGUAUGAGCGCUACCUGCGGGCGGAGAGCUUCAGGAAAGCUCUGGUGUACCAGAAGCGUUACCUGCUGCUGCUGCUGGGAGGAUUCCAGGACUGCGAGGAGGCCACGCUGUGCCUCCUCGCUCAGAUGGGGGCGCGGUCGUCGCCCCAUCCAUUGUCCCAGCGCAGACCCCUCGGACGGUUCAGGGCCGUGGUUCGAGUCGUCAUAGCCGUGUCGAGGAUGAGAUUCCUGACCAGGAAAUGGCAAAAAGCAAUGAGAAGACUUCCAAUAACCGGAUCUGUCAAUGGACACUCUCCAGGCCACAAACCAGAGGUUUUAAGGCCACAGCAGCAGCCAAGAUCCAGUCCUGAAUCCCCUCAGAGCCGAGAAGGCAUCGCCGUCCACAGAGAGACCGUCUCAGCUCUCACACCUCCCAACAAGUCACCCUUCAGACUGCACAUGAAUGUGGCUGCAUCUUUCAGCGCAUCCUCUCAGGAUCCUGAGCGAUCACUGACAGAGUACAUCCGUCAUCUGGAGAAAGUCCAGCAGCGUUUGGGAGGAGAUGUCCAAGGUUCAUCUUCUCUCCAGUCCGAACCGAAGUAGUCUCACCACUGCAAGCCUGAAUGUCGCCUGCCUGCAUUUUGCUAUGACACUGUCCAUGCCUUAUCCUUCAUGUAGAAACAUUUCCAGAUUUACAAGUGCGUUGGAAAAUGGAUUAUGUGUUUUUGUUUUGGUUUUUUUUGUUUUUGUUUUUUUACACAUAAGUUAUUUUUUUAUAUCUGCCAUGUAAUUUUUCUAUUCCCUGAACCUCAGUGUUUUGAAGGUUGCUUUUGAAAUGCUGGAAGAACAAAUGCUUUUUGUUUUAAACACCACUGUUAUUUUUGUACUGAUGUUUGUUUCCUAUGUUUUGUUGUUGUUUUUGUGAUAUGUAAAUGGUACAGAGACCAUCGGUAGGUGUUUCAUUGCACAAAAUGUGAAUCAUAUGCAUUUUUGUAUUAUCUGUGUUUCUACCAGAGUCAAUAAAUAUUUUAACUGCU